AUGGGGAACGAAAUUCAGGACAACGGCGUCGCCGUGGUGCCUCCGAAAGAGACUGUGCAACAUAUUAUGCCUGCCGAGGAUACUGUUUUCAGACUUGAGGUCCCUCAAGUAACAUGGUGGAAGGAUCCAGGCCUUCGCAAACUCUAUCUCAUGUUUCCCAUUUUGUUCAUUGCUUCGACAAUCAAAGGAUAUGACGGGAGUUUGUUGAACGGUUUGCAAACCAUGGAGCCAUGGAGAGAUCAGUUCGGCCAUCCUCAGGGAUCGACAAUUGGCUUAUUCACCGCCAUCCUCCAGAUUGGAUCUUUCUCUGCACUUCCCGUCUCUCCAUAUAUUGCCGACAAGUUCGGCCGCAGACUUGGUGUCGCUGUCGGUUGCGUGGUCAUCAUUAUUGGUGCUAUACUGCAAGUUGUACCCAGCGUCAAUCGUGGCAUGUUCCUCGGAGGUAGAUUCUUGGUCGGCUUGGGGUCCAACAUCAGCGAAGCAUGCGCCCCAAUCCUCAUCAGUGAGCUUGCCCAUCCUCAGCACCGUGGCAAGGUGACGACUAUGUUCAAUACUCUGUGGUUUCUCGGAAGCAUCAUCGCCGCAUGGACCGUCUUUGGGACCACCAAGUACAAGACUUCUGCUUCGUGGAAGAUCCCCGUUGGGAUCCAAGCCGCUUUGCCGGCUUUUCAAUUGUUUGCGUGCUGGCUCCUUCCUGAAAGCCCGCGAUGGCUCAUUGCACAAGAUCGGGAUGGCGAGGCUUUCAAGAUAUUGGCGAAGUACCAUGCCAACGGUGACGAACAAAGCCAGUUCGUCAAAGACGAAUUUCUCGAAGUCCACGAGGCCAUCCGACUAGAGAAGCUGUACUCGAAUCAGGGUUGGAUGGUGUUGCUCCAGACACCAGGCAACCGCAAGCGUGUGAUGCUGAUCCUCAUGACGGCCUUCUUCUCGCAAUGCUCGGGUAACGGACUGGUGUCAUACUAUAUCCAUUCCAUCCUCACCUCCAUCGGGAUCGAAGGCUCCACCGAUCAAUCACUGAUCAACGGUGGCCUGCAGAUCUGGUCUUUGAUCGUUGCCGUCAGCUUCUCACUCAUGGUUGACAAGAUGGGCAGACGCAAGCUGUUCCUGUCGGCGGGUAUUGGCAUGCUGGUGACGUUUAGCAUCUGGACAGCAUGCUCUGCCGUCUAUGCAGAGACCGGCAACACCAACGCUGGCAGUACGGUCAUUGCCAUGAUCUUCUGCUAUUAUGGUAUGGCAGGCUUUGCCUGGCCUGGCCUGACGAUCGGUUAUUGUGCCGAGAUCCUGCCGUACAAUAUCCGCGCCAAAGGUCUCUCGUUGACAUUCGCCGGUGUUGCUGUUGCAUCGAUCCUGAACCAAUAUGUCAACCCUAUUGGAUUGCAGCACCUCGCCUGGAAAUUCUAUAUUGUGUAUAUCGUUAUUCUGGUGAUUGAGUGCUUGUGCAUCUAUUUCUUUUACGUGGAAACUCGAGGAUCUUCUCUUGAGGAGCUGGCUGUUCUCUUUGACGGAGAGGACUCGAACGUUGCCGGGAAACAUGGGACAAUGGGCGAGGUCAUGAAGGCGCGUGAGGAGAGCGACCAUAUCGAGCAAGCAUAG